UUUUGGUCAGGUGGUGCGACGUCAUCAGGAUGCGCCGCUCCUGCAUCUGUUGACAUGAAAAAAGGACAGAGUGUCCAGACAUACAGUGAAACUUGUGACGCUAUUAUAAAGAUGACGUUUAUUAAAAAGGAGAGUGAAGACAUGAAGAUUGAAGAAGUAUUCAGUUUGAAACAAGAAGAUACUGAGGAGCAAACAGAUCUGAUGGGACUGAAAGAGGAGAGUGAAGUACUGAAUGAAAUGAAAGACCAUGAUCUGAUAACUGGAGAAAAAUCUUCUAGUGGCUCACAGACUGAAAAUACUACCUCUCAAAAAAAUGUUAGAAGAAAAGGAAGUUUUUUCACCUGCUUUCAGUGUGGAAAGAGUUUCAGUCACCAUGAAAACCUUAAAGUCCACAUGAGAAUUCACAAUGGAGAAAAGCCCUACACCUGCCAACACUGUGGAAAGAGUUUCUCUGAAAAUGGAAGCCUUAAAAUUCACACGAGACUUCACACAGGAGAGAAGCCUUACACUUGUGAUCAGUGUGGAAAGAGUUUCAGACAAAAUGCGGCCCUUAAAUACCACAUAAAAACUCAUACCGGAGAGAAGCCUUACACCUGCAAACUGUGUGGAAAUAGUUUUAUAGCAGAACCAAGCUUUAGGUGUCACAUGCACAUUCAUACUGGAGGGAAGACUUUCACGUGUGAUCAGUGUGGAAAGAGUUUUACACGUAAAGUAACCCUUAAUUCCCACAUGAGAAUUCACUCAAGAGAUUUUACAUGCCGUCAGUGUGGCAUGAUUUUUACAUGUAAAAAAUCAUUUGAUUCCCAUAUGAGAGUUCACACUGGAGAGAAGCCUUACACCUGCAAACUGUGUGGGAAGAUCUUCUCACAAAAAGGAUAUAUUACGAGUCACAUGAGAAUUCACACUGGAGAAAAGCCCUACACGUGUGAUCAGUGUGGAAAGAGUUUCAGACAAAAAGUAACCCUUAAUAAACAUGUGAGGAUUCACUUAAGAGAGAACCAUUUAACGUCAUCAGUGUAAACAACAACAAAAAUUUUCAGUUCAUUGAGAGUUGAGAGUUCACACUGGAGAGAAGCCUUUUACAUGUCUUGUACAGUGUGGAAAAAGUUUGAUAAAUCAAAGAGACUUGAAACAACAUUUUGCGAAGUCAUUCUGGGAGAAAAAGAUGUGUGUGUGAUGAUGAGGUUUAGAAUAAGGAUCAAUUUCAAACAUCACCUGCUUCAUUCCCUCUGGUUGAAGGCAAUUUAAUUGUGAUCAAUUUAAUA